GCGGCCGGUCGCGAGAAUGGUGCGUACCGUACGUGAACAAAGGCAAAUAAUUGUUAGCAAGUGUCAAGUAGAUAAUGUCGUCUGAGCUCUCAAAAGUGCAAGUGGAAUAUAUUAGUGAGGACAAAAUUAUUAAGGUAAAACGUGGUGGCUUUGGGGUUAUAGUGUUAUUGUGUAACAGAUUGGACGCCAACGGGCAGCGUUCUCGUGUGUCGGUCGGUGCAGGGGGAGGGCGGGGCGAGCGCGGCCCCGGCCGUGUGGGGCCCGUCAGGCCACACGCAGGAGGUUGUGACCGCUUCGUGAGCUACUCCCUUGCCGAAAUAGCAUCAACAUCCUCCUUCAGUUUUUUACCACCCAUUUCAAGAGGGUUGUGGCACCCAAUCACCCCUUGCAUUACUGGCGGCUACCUGCAGCCGCGUAGGUGCCGCCACCAUGGGGCCCGAUCAGCAGCAGCAGGAAAAAGAUCAGCAACAACAGCAUUUUAGUUCACAGCAGCAACAGCAAGCACAGCAGCAACAGCAACAGCAGCAAGUACAACAACAGCAAGUACAACAACAGCAGCAACAACAACAGCAACAACAACAGCAACAACAGCAACAGCAACAACAACAGCAACAACAACAACAAGUUCAACAACUUGUUCAACAACAAGUUCAAGGAGAUGCCGCUACACUUGCUGCAUUACAGCAGCAGUAUUUGCAGCAGCAACAGCCUCAGAUGAGAGUCAUCAGUACAGCUGUUGUGCAACAACUUAGAGCUCAAGGCCUGUCGGGAAAUGAAUUGUCAGCGGCAAUAGUGAAUGCGGCUAGUACUGUCCCAAAUGGCAUUCAAGUGCAGCAACCUCAGGUUAUAUCAAUGCAACAACUGCAGUCACUGCUAGGGGGUGGUGUAGUAUCCAGUAAUGAGGGUGCCACAUAUCAGAAUGCUCCACAACAACUGUUGCAGAUACAUCCGCAGCUGUUACAGCAACAAGGAGGCGGAGUGGGGGGCGUGUACGGCGGCUGUGUGGUGGGGGGCAUGGCGCCGCUGCAGGCCGUGACCGUGGACGGCCAGGACGCGCUCUUCAUACCCGCGCACCAUGCACAGAAUUUCUCUGGGAUGGGGCAAGUGAGCCUCGUGAAUGGUCAGCUAGUGAGGACUCCUGUUCUUCCUGCUGGUUUCCUGCAAAAUGUCAUGCACUUACCUGCAGAACAGCAGGCCACCGUCUCCAUACCCGGUACUAAUUUAACCAUUCCACUGAGCGCCUUGACUGGCAAUCAAAUGAUCACUAUCCCGGGCACGAAUAUCUCUAUUCCGGCGGGCGGGAUACAAAUCCCGACGAGUCAAGCCAUAUCGAUACCUAGUUCCACGAGCGUCCAAUUGCCGGUGGCAAGCGUGGCCAAUGUGGCCAACGGGGGCGUCGGUAUGCCGAAUGGGGGGGAUUCCAAGAACGGAAAUGGGAAGGAGACAAAGUCACCUCCGAGUCCGGCCGGGCAAGGCGGCGGCGUGGCGGUGCGCGGCGGCGGCGUGGGCGGCAUGGGCGUGGUGCCCGUGCAGGUGCCCGUGAGCGUGGCCAACGGGCACACCGUGUACCACACCGUGCACGUGCCCGUGCACGCGCCGCACCUGCAGAUCAUCCCGCAGCUGCAGCAGAUGCAAGCGCAGCCGCAAGUCGCGAACGUGCUGACACCGUCAGGACAGAUACAACAGAUACAGAUAGCUUCACUCGGAAACGUUCAGCAGGGCGGUGCGGGCCAGAACGGCGCGGCGCAGGGGCAGCACACCAUCACUCUGCAGGCGGUACCGAAUCAAAUACAAGACACAAAUAAUCAAGUGCAACAGCAGCAGUCCCAGGCUAUCAUUACGAACACGCCGUCGGGCCAGCAGGUCACCGUCAUACCGACUAGCAAUAUGCCGACGCUGGGCGUGGGCGGGCUGGGCGGCGCCGUGCAGCUCGUGCCGGCCGUGGGGCUGCCGGGCGCCGUGCAGCUCGCGCAGCUGCCGCAGGCGCAGCCGCAGCCGCAGCCGCAGCCCGUCAUAGAAACACCAUUUCCGGGCCAGCAGAUCCAGCAAGAUCCGAACGAGCCUGGAAAGUGGCAAGUGGUAACGGUUAGUUCGGGGAACACCACCACAACUGAAUGCGAGGCGAAUAAAAACAGACCCAAUAGUCCGAACAGCGGGAAGCGGUUGAUGAAGCGAGUUGCGUGCACGUGCCCUAACUGUGAUCAAGGAGAAAACCGACUGGUGGACCGCAAGAAGCAGCACGUGUGCCACAUCCCGGGCUGCAACAAGGUGUACGGCAAGACGUCGCACCUGCGCGCACAUCUACGCUGGCACUCUGGCGAGCGACCUUUCCUUUGUAACUGGCUCUUCUGUGGGAAGAGGUUCACACGGUCGGACGAGUUGCAACGACAUCGACGCACGCAUACGGGCGAAAAACGUUUUGAAUGUCCCGAGUGCAGCAAGCGAUUCAUGCGCUCCGACCAUCUCGCCAAACACGUGCGAAUACACACGAAGAAUCGAAUUACCGAGGUGGCUACAUCAACUCAGUCUAUGUACUCCGACUCGGGUGAUGACAGUUGUGACGAGAAGAUGAUGCUCACCAUAGAAACAAUGCACCAAGGCGGGGAUAACGAGGAGAAGUUGGUCAUGAUACGGCCUGGGACUAAAAUAGAUCCGGACCACAUAGACAGUUAAAGUAACGUCACCAAACAAUUAGUUAAAAAAGUACUGGGAUUACUGUGAUGACUUGAAAUUAAUGGCCUUUACUGGACUAAGGAGAUAUUUCCCAAGGCCUCAAAGAGUAUAGUUUAAGGAUUAAAAUGUGCAGUGAUUGUGCGUAUGAGUAACCAGUGUAUACAAGAUUGUCGAACUUUGAUAUUGUUUAUACUACAGUCGAAGGUUGGUUGCAAGACUUACUGUCAUGUUGCAAUUAAAAAAAUGGUUCAUGUAAUAUCCCCAGUAUAAUGAUAAUAGUGCAAAUGGCAUUACAUAGUAUUUAAAGUAGUUGAAAUCAUAGGAAUAACAUAAGAAACUAAUGUAAGCUUUUGCCUUUCAAAAGAGUAAUAUAUUUUUUCACAAAUAGAUGUAACUUCUAAGAUUAAUUGUAGGCUGUACAUCCAUCCUACAUAUACUAUAAAUACUUUGCAGCACCAUUUGUGUUGAUACUUUUUCAUUUCAGCUACAUGCUGUAUACGUACUUGAUUAUUGUCUGCUUGUCCAUUUGUGUACUGCUAUAAUACCGAAAUAUGUCAUUCAUUAGCAUUCUAUAAAAAAAAGUCGAAAGCUUAAUUUUUUAACUUUUGAUUAAUUUCUAUCUUAUGUAGAUGUGAAAUAGAGAAUAGAAAUCACAAUUCCAUAUUAAAGUACUAAUAUAGACAUUAUUUAAUAACUUUAGGAUAAUUUUAGUCAAACACACAAACAUAGAAUAUGAUUUGCUUAUAUAUUAUACACAUACUAUUUUAACUUUUGAUUAAAGCUUUUUCUGUGUUUUACAUCACAAUAUCUUAAGGUAGAUUGAUUUAUUUAUUUGAAGCCGCCUUAUAAUUUUUAAUAUUUUAGUGUGUGUAUUGUACAUUGUUAUAAACAUUGUG